AUGGGUACCAGAAAGAAGGAGGCGAACCUUCGGGCUCGCAAGGGCACAAGUUCCGAUGGCAUGGCCAACGUCCGCACAAAGGGCGAGAAUUUCUACAGGACGGCCAAAAGAGUGAAGCAACUGAACGUCCUGAAAGAGGGCAAGGCUCAGCGCAACGCAGAUGGCGUCAUCACCAAGGCCGCGUCUUACCAGAGCAAGGAUGUGCCGACGGCCGUCAUCGAGCCCAACCGAAAAUGGUUCACAAACACCAGAGUCAUCAGCCAGGACACCCUGACGGCCUUCAGGGAAGCUGUGGCAGAGACGGAGAAGGAUCCUUACAAAGUCCUGUUGAAGAGCAACAAGCUUCCCAUGUCUCUCAUCAGGGACGGGUCUGAAGUCAAUGGUCUGAAGAAACACCAAGCAAAGAUGACUCUUGAGACGACGCCAUUUUCCACAACGUUUGGCCCCAAGGCGCAACGCAAGAGAGUCAAGCUUUCAGUCAACUCUAUCAACGACCUAGCAGAGGAUACCGACAAGAGCUUAGAUACCUACAAAGAGAGGCAAGAUCAGAUCAGGCUUCUCAGCGGCGCAUCCGGCACACCCGGGGAUGAUGAGGACGAGGCAUCGGUUUCGAUCGCCAAGGAAGCCGUCUUCACUAAGGGACAGUCCAAGCGUAUCUGGAACGAGCUGUAUCGUACAAUUGACAGCUCAGACGUUAUAAUACAUGUGCUCGACGCUAGGGAUCCCCUCGGGACAAGGUGCAGAGCAGUCGAGGAGUACCUGAGGAAGGAGAAGCCACAUGUUAAGCUCAUUAUGGUGUUGAACAAAGUGGACCUCCUUCCCACAUCAGUUGUUGCUUCGUGGAUCCGGGUUCUUUCCAAAGAGUACCCCACAGCAGCAUUCAGGAGUUCCAUCACAAAUCCUUUUGGCAAAGGCUCGCUGCUUGGACUUCUCAGGCAGUUUUCUGGCUUGUUAUCAAACAGGAAACAAGUUUCCGUCGGUAUUAUUGGGUAUCCUAAUACGGGCAAGAGCAGUUUGAUCAACGCAUUGCGUGGUAAGAAGGUGGCCACCGUAGCACCGAUUCCUGGAGAGACCAAGGUGUGGCAGUACAUCACUCUCACGAAGAGGAUGUACCUCAUCGAUUGCCCUGGAAUCGUGCCCCCUAGCAAUGAUGCUUCGCCGCAAGACCUACUUCUUCGUGGCGCGGUCAGGACCGAAAAGGUUGAAAACCCUGAGCAAUACAUACCCGCAGUGCUCGCCAAGACGAAGUUGCGACACAUGGAGCGCACAUAUGAUCUGUCCGGCUGGAAGGAUCAUAUCCACUUCCUUGAGCUUUUGGCGCGCAAGGGCGGUCGACUCCUCAAAGCAGGCGAACCUGACGUGGAUGGUGUUGCACGCAUGGUGUUGAAUGACUUUCUGAGGGGAAAGAUACCGUGGUUCACACCACCGCCCGCACUUGAGGGUGACGCUGAGGGUGUUGAUGGCCGUGAGGGCCGACUUGGCGAGAUACCUUUAAAACGAAAGCGCGACGACGCCGAGAGCGUUGCCGACACGUCUAUGGGUGCCCCGAGCCCAACAUCAGACGAUUCGGAAGACGAUAAGGUGUCGAGCGAUGAUGAGUUUGAAGGAUUCGAAUCCGACAGCGAGCCAGAUGCGACACCUUCAGAACCGGAGAAGGCCUCUGCGCCCGAGCCGUACAUACAACUAGACGCUUCUAGCGAGGAGGACAGUGAUGGUGAUGUCGUCGAAGACGGAGGCGUAGCUAUCACUGGUGCUGGAGAUGGUGAUGAUGAUGCAGACCGACCAAAAUCCCUUUCUAGUCGCAAUUCGAAGCCAAGUCGGAAGCAGAGAAAGGCGAGGUAA